AUGGAAAUCAGAGAUGUCAUUGUCAAUCCUUUUAAAUUCAUUUUGAAUAAGACAACAUGUUUAGUAUUUAUAGGAGUAGGCGUGGUCAUGAUUAUUCUGCCAGAUGUAGGUGUGAUUGACCAUCUGAUUAACAGUAACUCUGUGAUGAAACUGCUCAAGGAUACCCUGGUGGCCACAGGUCUGGGGUCGGAGAACCAGUACUCUGGUCUGUCGCUUUCCAGCGCUUUUUACGACAUUGGCCUGAUGCUGGCCGUUUCCUGCGGAGUGAUUAUGAUCGUGGCUAUGUUUGGAUGCUGUGGAGGAUGUUGUAAAGCAAAGUGCUCACUAAUUACAUACAUUUUCCUGACCAGUUUCUUGCUUGCCGUGGAGCUUAUAUUGGUCAUAAUCGUCUACACUGAUGAAAAAUUGGUGACUGAUUCAAUCAAAGGGAUAGUCCUGAUGACAUUGAAGGAUUACACGGGACUGGCAGGGAAAAACGUUCAGACUUUGGGUUGGAAUUUUGUUAUGGUCAAGUAUAAAUGUUGUGGAUUGAUUAAUUACAAAGACUUCGAACGUUCAAACUGGACACGCAUAGUUAGCACAUCAACUUCAGCAUACACGUUAAAGACACCAAUUGUGUGCUGUGAUCCUUUACCUAAAUCUGACAAUCUGACAUGUGCAACACAAACUUCCACCGGAAACACGGCAAUAACGGGCUGCUUUGACAUUGUUUGGGAUACAUCUUUUGGAAGUGAAGAUUUUAUUGCAAUUGCAUACUGUAUUGGAUUUGCUAUUCAGUUUGUUUUGAUCAUUCUGGCUGUACUUGUAUUUAUGGAAGCAAAGAAAAAGAACCGAGUGGCUGCUGAAAGGAAGCUGCUUAAAGAAAAAAGAAUGUCAUCUCUUAAAUCCAUGGACCCCCUACCAGAGAAAAAAAGCACUUAAACUGACGAUUUUAAAAAUUAAAAAAAAAACAGGAUAUUUUGUUAAUAAUUUUUAAAUCUGUCAAAUUGCCAUUAUCUGGUAGGACUGUAUGUCGUGAGGGAAAAAAGUAUC